AUGUUCUACUACACAGAGGAUCAAAUGAUGUCUUUUCUUACGCUCAAGGAGGAGAGGCCAGAAGAUUUUGAUACUGCGAAUCCGUUUUACUCGCUGGAUACCCUGUCUCUGAAAGUACUCUCUGCCUUUGAUGAGCGCGAGCAAGCAAUUUACGAAGAGAAAAGGCUCAACUCGGGUAUUUCUACAGUUCGGAAAACGCAUGUGGCCAAACGGAGGGAAAAGGAGCAUCCUGAUGCUCUGUGGGAUAUCAAAAUCAAGGAGAGGAACGAGGGCUUUUUUGAUUCGCAGGGCAAUUACAUAAUAGAGGGCGGAGUUGAGCACGAAUAUGAGGAGGAGGUAUGUUGGCUUAUAAAGAAGGGAGGAUGCAUGCAAGGACCCUUCAAUCAGAAGGAAAUGUAUGAUAUGCACGAGCGUGGGGAUCUUAUCGAAUCGUUGAUACGGCGGGAUGUUGAUAAGGUAUUCAUGGAGUAUGAGAAAUUGAAGAGCGUGCCGCGUAUCUUUACAAGUAAUAUGGAUGAGCAUGCGCUCAAUGAAAUGUUUAGCAACGCUCAUCUGCACAAGAAAGAGGGUGCGGCAGUGACAGAUAUGCCGUUUUACGACACGUGCACACAUAUGGCAGACGAGCCACCUCACGAGAAGAAGAAGACACUCGCCGACCGAUUAGAAGAUUGUACGCGAACAAGAAAUCUUUUGAAAAAACGGAAUUUGACGAUUAGACUAUAUGACAUAUUCGUAUGUAUAAAGGGAAUGAAGAAGGAUGCAGCAGUGGAAAAGAUGAGAGGUAUAACCGGGCUGUGUAUGGCUGAUAAUGCUGAGCUGUUGGAUUCUUUUUUGGAAGAAGUAGGCGUGCAAGUGUGUAAGGAUGUAGACAAAGACGGGUUUUAUAUCAAGAUACCGAGCGGGAAGAGGAAUGUCAAGGCCAGAAGAUAAGCUGAGCGGUAUCCAAUAAAUGCAGUUUCCUACUUUUUUGUGAA